AAACUCUCUUUCUUCUACAUCACCAACGCUACCACUCCAUCCACGCGAAUCCCGAUUCCAAAUCAUUCGAUUCGAGUCUCUGCAAACCAUCUCUCAUAUAGAGGACCACGAAGCGCUUUUUUCGCUCUGACUCAGGCAUUUGCCUUCACAACCUCGCAUCACUCCAUCCAGCAUGUCGGGUCAAAAUACCGACUUCGACGCUCUGCUCGAUCUUUCCGAGUAUGACGGCGUCAACUACCAGUCUCCCUCGCUAUCUCCUUCACUGGGCUCAAAGCCCUCGUUCGCUAGCCCUACCACCACACUCGAGUCUAUCUCUAUGACCGCCACAACCAGCCAGACGCUGAGCGGCCCGAGCCACAACUACGAACUCUACCGCCAACAAACUGGUUUUGUUCCUGGCGCUCUCGCAAACACAAUGGCUGUCAACCAGUCCAACAACACUGGCUACCAGGACUUCGGUAACCUCGACUACAUUUCGGAACUAUCCCCCGAAAAUGAUCUCUUCGACUUCAACACCACUCCUUCCCAGCCUACCCUCGCCGCCUCUGAUCUCGAUAUGGACUUUGAUAACACCGACUCUCAGUUCUUCGGUACCGUCAACCCUAGCAACAUCGAACAAGACAACAGCAGCGGUAGUGUAUCUCCUUCUUCCGUCUCGAGUGGCAACGGCCGCCUCUGGCCUGGUGCCCACUCUCAGGCUGCCCUUGCCAAGGCUCAGGCCCAGCAGCGCCAGUUGAUGCAACAGCGUCAGGCCACCCCUCAAAAGGCCCGCGGCAAGUCUGCCCAGCCCACCGACCCUAUGGUUGAGCGCAAGAUCACCCAGCUUCUUAACAGCAUGCGCGCCAAGCCUGCUUCCCCCGAAGGCUCUGUUGCCGGCGGCUCUGGUGGCAUGGCCCGCUCCAAGAAGGCUGAGGAUGACAUGGAUGAGGACGAGAGACUGCUUGCAAGUGAAGAGGGCAAGAAGCUUAGUAGCAAGGAACGAAGACAACUCCGCAACAAGGUCUCAGCACGUGCUUUCCGCUCUCGCAGAAAGGAAUACAUCACUCAGCUUGAGCAAGAGCGUGAUAACAAGGACGAGGAACUCACUCGCCUUCGUGUCAACAACCGUGCUCUCCUUGAAGAGAACAAGCGUCUCUCUGACCUUACCCGCAUGCUUCUGUCCUCGCCAUCUUUCUCCAACUUCCUCGACCACCUCAGCACCAACCCCGCAAGCGCCCCCGUCGCUCCUGUCGCAGCCGUCGUUAAGACCGAGGAAACUGAGCAGCGUGAUACCCCAAAGGACAUUAACCCCUACGGUGCUCAGUCUCAGCAGCAGCAGAUUGGCUUCGCCAUGAUCCCCGAGCAGAGCGUUGACUUCUCCAUGCUCGCUUUAGAUAACUCUGCUUUCAACUUCCAGCCCCAGGUUUUUGUUGUUGACACCCCCGAGCUCCCCGCACCCAUCGAUGCUGCCGUUCUCUCUGGUAAGACCAGCAACUUUGUUGGUUCUUUCACCGAAGACAACGAUAAGACUGAGCUCCCUGCUAUCGAGCGCCGCUCUUCCCUGCCCGCCAAGGAGAAGAUCGCGGCUGUCCCUCGCGAUGAGGAAUUUGAGGCCAACCCCGAGUUCGCUUUGUUCCACUCCGAGCCUGUCGCCCUUACCGCAGAAGCCAAGAAGAUCGAUUUUGAGUCCCUGUCCCGUCUUACACUUGGCAUGGAUACCAAGAAGAUGUCGCCUCGCUUUGAACUUGUUGAUGCUGCUGUUGCCCAAGAGUCUGCUAGCAUUGCUAUCGCUCGUGUAGCGCACAUCAGUGCCCAACUGGAUCCCAUCCUUUCGAGGUUGGAACUCCUUACCAUGGAUAUGUAAAAUGUUCAUGGAGAGCACUUUUUUCUUCACAUUGACGAUGUUUUCAAGCACCACGUAAGCGAGCUCUUUUUACUUUCAUGUUCAAAUACUAUGUUGCUUAUGCUCGACGCAUAUCACGGAUUGGAAUGGACGGCGUUUUUGGGAUAUCUGGCUUGUAGCCAAUUGUUUAUUGUUAGCCAUGUUUUGUUUUACCAAGGCCAUGAAGGCCAAGAGCGUCUCUACGCAGACGAGAUUUGUAUAGAUAGAGCAGUGGCCCCGCGCCACUCGAUAAAGAAAUAUUCAUUACUCUAAUC